AUGGCUUCCUCCAUUAUUCUAAAUCUCCUUGUCCUGCUUUCUCCAAUCUUCUUCGUUUCCACAUUUGCUCUCAAUGACACAUCUUCUACUUCUGUAGAUACCCAUCUCUCUUCCCUAAGAAUCUUUUGCAAUAACAAACCAUACCCUGAUGCCUGUUUUAACUCAUUGAAGCUUUCCAUCUCUAUCGACAUUGAUACAAACCUCAUCAGUUAUCUCUUCCACACCCUCCAAACUGCAAUAUCAGAAGUCGAAAAGCUAACCAAUCUAUUCUUGAGUGCUGGUGGGUCAAAUGAUAUAAUUGAAAAACAAAGAGGUACAAUCCAAGAUUGCCAAGAACUCCACCAAAUCACAUUGUCUGCCUUGCAAAGAAUAUCAGUUUCAAGAAUCAAAUCAGGCGAUUCUCGUAAGCUAGCAGAUGCAAGAGCCUACCUUAGUGCAGCACUCACAAACAAGAAUACUUGCUUGGAGGGACUAGAUUCUGCAUCCGGUCCAUUGAAGACUCUCCUAGUCGAUUCAUUAACCAGUACGUACACCCAUGUUAGUAACUCUCUUUCAAUGCUCCCUAAGCAAGUUCCUAAAAAGGGUCGUAAAAAUCGCCGCUUGUUAGGAUUUCCAAGAUGGAUAUCGAAGAAAGAUGGUCGAAUUUUGCAGAGUGAUGCCGAUGAAUAUGAUUCAAGCCAAGUGAUUACAGUAGCCGCAGAUGGAACUGGAAAUUUCACUACCAUCGCGGAUGCUAUAAACUUUGCUCCAAGUGAUAGUGAAUAUAGAAUAUUCAUCUGUAUCAAACAAGGGGUAUACAAGGAGAAUGUAGAAAUCCCAAAAAAUAAGCCUAAUAUCGUUCUGCUUGGAGAUGGAAAUGAUGUCACAUUCAUUACUGGUAGCAGAAGUGUAGCUGAUGGCUGGACUACUUUCAGAUCUGCAACUCUUGGUGUUUCUGGUGAUGGUUUUCUAGCCAGGGACAUAACCAUUGACAACACGGCAGGAGCAGAGAAGCAUCAAGCAGUUGCCCUUCGCAUAAACGCAGACCUAGCAGCAAUGUAUGCAUGUACGAUUAAAGGGCACCAAGACACACUAUACGUGCACUCAUUUCGACAAUUUUAUCGAGAAUGUGACAUUUCAGGGACUAUAGAUUACAUAUUUGGCAAUGCUGCUGCAGUGUUCCAGGGAUGUAACAUCAUCUCCAGAAUGCCAAUGCCCGGCCAAUUCACCGUCAUCACCGCCCAGUCUCGAGAUAGCCCAGACGAAGACACAGGAAUUUCAAUACAGAAUUGUUCGAUUGUGGCUACAGAUGAUUUGAACUCUGCUUAUAAGAGCAGACGUGUCAAAAAUUAUCUAGGGAGGCCAUGGCAGGUGUACUCCAGGACAGUCAUUCUCGAGUCUUUCAUUGAUGGUUUUAUCGAUCCGGCGGGGUGGAUUGAAUGGUCUGGGGAUGAUCAAGACACAGAUGAUUUAUAUUACGGAGAGUAUGAAAAUAACGGAGGUGGGUCUGCUACAGAUGAUCGAGUAAAUUGGCAAGGGUAUCACUUAAUGGAUGAUUACGAUGCCAAUGAUUUUACUGUAUCAAAUUUCAUCGCUGGUGAUGAGUGGCUAGAUUCCACUUCGUUUCCUUACGAUGAUGGGGUUUAA